AUGGCGGAUACCACGGUGUCCACGUUUGAACGGGCUUACAUUGUUGGUGGAAUUGAACAAGAUUUCCGUUCAGAUGGAAGGUCUUGUCAGGAUUACAGACAUUUUGAGGUAGAAACUGGCAUUGUUUCCAACACAAGUGGAUCUGCGAGACUUCGAUUGGUAACUGUUUUUUUUUACCUUGCUAAGUUCGACCCGGGAGUUCGACAGGCAAAAAUGCGUAUGGUGCCCGUUCCAAACUUAAGCUUAAUUUCAUGCAUAACUUUAAGGAUUUACACAGCAUAGUCAAUUACGAUACCAGACAUCUCUUUGUUGUGGGCAAUCUCUUGACCCCAGAGAGACCAAAAGUCAUUUAACCCCUUUCUCUAUGGUAUAUACUUAUGGAUUUAUGGACACUUAGGUUCGUCCAAAUCCUUAAAAAAGAAGGGUGGAUGCAGGUAGCACUUACAGCAAACAGGUACAUUAAAAACAAAUGCAGGAUUCAAUGUACCCCCCACCCCCACCAAUUUCGUAGACGGAUGCAAAAAUACUGUGGGAUAGGGAAGUGAUGGAGCGAAAACCACGCCUAUCUUUUUAAAGCAUAGGUAUUAAAAAUAUUCUUUAUAAAGCUAUCUAAAUAGGUAUAUUUUUUUAAAGUGAAAUUUUGAAAAAGGAACAAUCUUAACCGCUUUUAAAAGAAUUGACAAAUGCCCCACCCAAGGGCGGAGGUUUUCUGACAUAUCCCCUCCACUAGGACCUACAAGAUGACAACUGCCGGGGACGAUGGGCACGCUUGGAAUUGACUGAGCCAUAACAUACCCUUGGGGCCUUGUUUUCUUUAAAAAAAAAGACACACAUUUUCUUAGUUCUCUUUAAUUUUGUUUCAUUGAAGUCACACAUGCAGUCUGUCUGGAGUCCAAUACUUUGCUUUGUUAUAGUCUAAAACUGAUGUUUUGGUUGGAGUUAAAGCAGAAAUUGGAGAACCUCGCNUUUCGUAGACGGAUGCAAAAAUACUGUGGGAUAGGGAAGUGAUGGAGCGAAAACCACGCCUAUCUUUUUAAAGCAUAGGUAUUAAAAAUAUUCUUUAUAAAGCUAUCUAAAUAGGUAUAUUUUUUUAAAGUGAAAUUUUGAAAAAGGAACAAUCUUAACCGCUUUUAAAAGAAUUGACAAAUGCCCCACCCAAGGGCGGAGGUUUUCUGACAUAUCCCCUCCACUAGGACCUACAAGAUGACAACUGCCGGGGACGAUGGGCACGCUUGGAAUUGACUGAGCCAUAACAUACCCUUGGGGCCUUGUUUUCUUUAAAAAAAAAGACACACAUUUUCUUAGUUCUCUUUAAUUUUGUUUCAUUGAAGUCACACAUGCAGUCUGUCUGGAGUCCAAUACUUUGCUUUGUUAUAGUCUAAAACUGAUGUUUUGGUUGGAGUUAAAGCAGAAAUUGGAGAACCUCGCAUACAGAAACCUGACCAGGGCUAUGUUGAGUUUUUUGUUGAUUGGUGAGGUGUUUUUUAUUUCUAUGUUUAUCGUCAUUUGGAUACAAGUUCUUUUUUCUAGUCCCAUUAAGAUUUUCAGAGAGUGGUUAUGAGAAGUGGUUGUUACCAUGUUAAACUGACCUAUAGCUGAGAAAAUUCCUGCCCAUAAAGACUCUAAAAUCAUGAACAUUCUCUAAUAUUAUUAGGUAAAAUUAAUGUAGAAUAUAUUUCUAGCUGGAUUUUUGAUAACAUUACUACCAAAUGACCCUAAAUUUGCGUUCAACAGUUUUUUCGGCCAAACUAUUUCCAAAGUAGCCAUUAUAAAAACUAAGAGUGCAACCAUUGCUUUUUUUUUCUUCUCCUCGCUCAUUCUUUUUCUCCUUUCCUUUUCCUUUGUUACCGUGAUUUUGGAGCCGUUCUUGGGCUUAAGAAACCUGCCUUUCGACGCCUUUUCACUUAAAUGACUGCAAAUUUUGGUAGGUUGGUUUUCAAAAAAUCGGUCAGAUUUACAUGCAGAAUAAUGUUUUUAAAAAGUUUCAUCUUUUCAAAGUAAAGCCCACCCGCUGAUCUUACAUUCUUCUGUGCUUCUGCUUCCGUACUGACUUGUUGCUUUUUCUCCUUAAGUUCUGCAAAUGCUUCCCCUGAAUUUGAAGGAAGAGGAGGUGAUGAGCUUGGAGCAAUGCUCGCAAAAACUUUAGAGAGAGCAUACAAUCAUAAAUCAGCCAUUGAUCUGCAUUCACUGUGUAUUCUUCCUGGAAAACAGUGUUGGGUUUUGUAUAUCGAUGCUUUGGUAAACAAGCCUGUUAAUUGACAAUAAUUGUAUAAUAUGUUAUGAUUAAUGCCGUGAUUAAGAAAUGUUAGUAAAUAGAUGCCACUUGUUUAAAAGUAUAAUUAUUUCUUUACUGUUUCCAUGGUAACACAGUCCUAUACAUGCAAGUUAAUUGACCUUCGAAGUGCCAAGCGUGAGGAAACAGCCAACUUUUCACAAAGCCACCACUGAUUUCCUCGCAAAAUGACGUGUGAGAAACGAGCACAGAAAUUCCAUACUUAUGAUGUGUCACUACCCAGAUCUGGCAUCAUCAGUAUGGAAUUUCUGCACUCUUUUCUCUGAUGCCAUUUCGCAGGAAAACCAGUGGUGGCAUCACAAAAUGCCGGCUGUCUUCUUAAGUGUCUAAACACACCAAUUUUGCCUCAGAAUGAUCUACGUUCAGUGGGAUUUGAUUGUCAUUGCAUGGCACUCACAUCCACCUCGCUCCACUGCACAUGGCCUGUCUCGCUCACUCCUUAUUUUAGGAAUUCUCCGUCUUUUGAAGAACUAUGUUAUCACAUUGUACUUUUAAGUUAUUCCACCACAUUGAUAAUUAAACCAAGUAAAUAAUUUUUUUGUUUACUUACUGACACUAAAGUAAAUUAAGAUUUUUCUCACAAAUUGCAAGACUUGUCGUCUUCAUGUAUGGCUUGCUUAUUCAAGUGUUUUUAUAUGUUCUAGGUGUUGGAAUGCGGAGGAAACUUGUUUGAUUCCCUGUCCAUGGCAGUGAAAGCAGCCCUUUAUAAUACCAGGUAUAAAAAUGAUGUUAUCCUUUAAAUUUAUAAAUAAAAUAUAAUUAUUUGUUAUUGGCAUUUUGUUUGUUGCAUCAUGGUGACAUUUAGACAUUUGUUAGCAAACUAUCUUGAAUUCACUACAAUAUUUUGUUAUUAUUUUACAUAGAAUUCCAAAUGUGGCUGUGUCGACAGAAGAAGGAGAGGUGGAACUUGAAAUAUCAGAUGAUCCACAUGACUGCACAAGGUUGGAUGUUUCUUCAAUUCCUUUAACAGUGACAAUGAGCAAGGUAAUUGAUUUGAAUAAAACCAGUUGUUAUGGUCAAAACUGUUAUACAUGUAGCUUAAUAAUCUCUGUGCAAGAGAUAGUCCUCAAUUCAUUUGAAUGGUAAACACCACAGGAUUUUUUGAAGCAGGAGGUACAAAUAAUCUGGCCCCCAUAACAAUGGUCUACUAGUGAAGUGGUUGAACCAUGAACGUGAGGUGUUUGAACAUCACAUGAAACUCUUCUUGGAGUGUUUGUUAUAAUAAUCUGCUCAAGUGAUCAAUAAUAACUGUUUUGCUGUGAAAGGUUUUGAUCCCUCUAUUGUCACAGUUAAACAGUCGUCUAUUGUUAGUCAAAUUGUCAGUUCUCCAGUCGCUCUCUUGUAGUUAGUUUUGCUUAAUCUCGUCAAUAAGUCUGGAUAACUGACAAUUUGACUAACAUUAGACUACUGUUUAACUGUGACAAUAGACGAAUCGAAAUGCACCAAUUACUGAUUAUGAGUCUUCAUAGCCAAUAACAUCACGGCUUUACUGACAGACAAUCAAUAUCAUCGCGACGUAAUUGACCAGUCAGAUCAAUAACCAGAGUAUAAUACCAUCAACUGACAUGAUACAACUCACUUUGACUCUGAAGAUGACUACCGCACAGGUUGUCGAAAUGUCAGUCACUGUCAACAACAACAGUUCUUUCUAGGACUAAAUUCACCCGGACGAUCAAACUGAACCUACUUUUGAAAUAACUGUUUUGACCACAAGCAGUUGUCCUUUUUUCCUCAGAGCUAUGUGCAGCAAGCAAAAGAAGAAAAUUAUGCAAAUUAAUGGUGAAAAAGGAGAAGAUAGUGGGGUGGAGAUUGGGUUGUACUUUGCUUGGGCCUCCACCCUCUUUCCUCACUCCUCAUGUGUGCUUUCAGUGUACUGUGAAUCAAAAGAAAAAAAAGAGACUGCUGGCAGUCUAUAAAUUUUUUUGGCAUAUUUGUGAUCUUAACUUUUUGGAGUUAAUUUAUAAUAGACAGCUGUACUAAUAUUUAUUUACUUUAAGUGUUAACCUCAUUUUUCAAACCAGCAAGUAUUUACUUGUCUUGUUGGCGGUCAGACGUGAGGGAUAUUAACAUGAUGGCUGCGUGUACUAAACAAGCUGAUAUUACCGUAUUUUACUUAUCAAAAUGUGUAUUCUGCAGCUCAUCAACAUUGUUUAAGUAACACUUCUUCUUGUAGGGAUGAUGUAGUCUGUGGAAAACAAGCUCUAGUUUUGGACCUUAUGAUUUUCAGUAUCUGUAGUUGAAAGGUUUUGGGAUUUUUCACUGUAGUGUCAUUUUGUGUUUAGAUUGGCCAUCGUCAUGUUGUGGAUGCUAGUCUUGAAGAGGAAGCCUGUAGUCUUGUUCAGCUCCUGGUGUCAGUAAAUGGAGAAAACAACAUCUGUGCCAUGCAGAAGGUUGGCCAGGGAGCUCUGGAUGCUGACUCCAUAUUUGAGAUGAUUGAGGCAAGAAAGUACUUUUAAUAACAUCAGGUUUAUUGCUUAUUGGCACUUAGCAAAUUGUUGUUGUUGUUUUUCUUUUGCUUUGCCCAGUUAAGGAGCCCUGCGUGUAUAGGUUGACCUUCAAUGUUCUUAGAUGGCCGGCACGCUCUUCUGCACACAGUCAUAAAACUGAAAAUACUUGUUUUGAAAGACCUUGUGUGAACCUCGCCAUGUGCAAAGUCUGAAAUAAAUUAUUAACCCUGCACAUGUAAGGAAUUUUGUUAUUUAGGGUGUUAACCUCAUUUUUCAAACCAACAGGACUUUACAUGUCUUGUUUGUGGUCAGACAUGAGGGAUAUUCAGUUGAUGGUUGCAUUAAACAUGCAGAUGUAUUUACUCAACACACUGUAUAUUCUGCAACUCAUCAACAAAUCAUUUUAAGAAGAAAUUCUAGACUAGGCUGUAAAGAAUAUUUAUGUUAAUCAUUUAAGAUUAAGAUCUCGAGUCAACUGUUUUGUCCUUAGUGUAGUUUGUGUGCAGCUUAAAUUCCUUAUUGUGACCAUUUAAAUUAGAGCUUUUAAGCAGUCCCUUCAAACUGUUCUAUCUUUUUCUGGGUGUUUUUCAACUUUGGGAUUUCCUCUUGUUUUUAGACUGCUCGUUCUGUCGGAAAAAAGCUGAACAAAGAACUCUUAAAGGUUCUCAAGAAAGAGGAGUCUGAUUCAAGUUUAAACAAAGAGAAAAUUGGGUUUCUCUUGUAGCAGAAAGAUUCUAAGCUAUCCACUAGUAAGCUGAAGAACUCAAGAUUCUUUGGUGGGUACUAAUGUCCCUCCAGCAACAUCACACCAGCGAAGGCCAUUAUAGAGUUAUCAUGGGGCCAUCGUUGGAAA